AUGGCGCUCCUUCUCCAAUCAGAGACCGACUUUGGUCUCGGACUUCUCCGCCAACAGAAUCUCAAUGAAUCGCUCGUCUUCUCACCACUCUCCAUUGCUCUCGCUCUCUCCCUGGUCCACGUGGCAGCCAACGGAGAGACACGGAAUCAGAUUCGGGAGGCACUUGUCAAGGGAGCCACUGAUGAGGAAUUGCAACAACACUUCGCCAACAUCUCCGCUUCACUUUUAGGUGCAGAGAAAGGAACUCAAGUCAAUAUUGCCAACCAUGUUUUCUCGAACUCUGGAUUCCCUAUAAAACAAACUUAUUUGGAUGCUGUCAAGAAGUUGUACAACGCCGGAGCCACUUCACUCAACUUCGAUGACAACGAAGCGUCUGCGGAGGCAAUCAACAAGUUCGUUCGUGAGAAUACUGGAGAGCACAUCAAAGAGAUCAUCAGCUCGGAUAGUAUUACAUCAGAUCUCGUGGCAGUUCUCGCCAAUGCCCUUUACUUCAAGGCUGACUGGCUGAACAAGUUCAAGAAGGAGUCGACAUUCAAAAGAGAGUUCCAUAGCUCAGCCGACUCCAAACGAGAAAUCGAUUUUUUGAAUGCCGCCGCGGUUCACAGAAGCUACGCUGAGAACGACCAAUUCCAAGUGCUCAGUCUCCCAUACAAGGAUGAGACCUUUGCUUUGACGAUUUUCCUUCCAAAAACGAGAUUCGGAUUGGGAGAGGCCAUGAAGACUUUGGACUCUGCCACUAUCCAGCAUUUGAUGUCCAAUGUUUCCGAUGAGCUGGUUAAUGUCAGAAUUCCAAAAUGGAAGAUUGAAACCGAGCUGGGACUCAACGAAGCGCUUCAACACAUUGGAAUCAAGAAGGCCUUCGAUCAAUCGGCCGAUUUGAGCAACUUGGCUGGGGGAAUCUUUGUGUCGAAAGUGACGCACAAGGCGUUGAUUGAGGUCGAUGAAGACGGAACGAAAGCCGCCGCAGCUACCACAAUUUCGAUAUCUCUAAAAUCCGCAAUGCUCCCAAUCGAAGAGCCAAAAGAUUUCAUUGCCGAUCACCCGUUCCUCUUCGUCCUCUCCCAAAACAAUCACCCACUUUUUGUCGGUCUUCAUCAUUAG